AUGACAGCUACGAUAGCAUCCCUCUUCUCUUUAGAAGGCCGCACCGCCGUCGUCACCGGUGGUACGCGGGGUAUCGGCCAGGCCAUGGCGCUCGCCCUGGCCGAGGCGGGCGCUGAUAUCAUCCUCGUUCAACGCGACGAGUCCAAUACCGCGACAAAGGAUGAGAUUGUCAAUCGCCUCGGUCGUAAGGCCCACAUUCACGUGGCCGAACUCUCGGACCGCAAGGCUGUCAAGGAGAUCAUACCGGCAGUGGUCAGCCAAGGCUUCAAGCCAGACAUUCUGCUGAACUGCGCCGGCAUCCAGCGAAGACAUCCAAGCGAAAAAUUCCCCGAUGAGGACUGGGAUGAGGUCCUUGAAGUGAAUCUUUCUCAAGUCUUUAUCCUGUGCCGCGAGUUUGGUGCCUAUCUACUCUCUCGUGACAGUUCUGACUUCCCCUCCGGCCGCCGAGGUUCGAUCAUCAACGUUGCCUCCCUCUUGACCUUCCAAGGGGGCAUCACCGUCCCCGCCUACGCUGCAUCCAAGGGUGGCAUCGGUCAGCUUACCAAGGCUCUUUCCAACGAGUGGAUUGCCAAGGGAAUCAAUGUCAAUGCCAUUGCCCCUGGGUACAUUGCUACGGAUAUGAAUACCGCACUGAUCAACGACGAGAGCCGGAACGCAGGCAUUAUGGCAAGAAUCCCGGCCGGUCGGUGGGGUCAACCGGAAGACUUCAAGGGCGCGGUGGUCUUCUUGGCAAGCGCUGCUAGCAGUUAUGUGUCCGGUGAGAUUCUGACCGUUGACGGUGGAUGGAUGGGCCGCUAA